AUGUCCUCUGGCGGGCUGCCAGCUAGCCUAGUCGCGGGUAAACCGACUCCCACGAUCAACACUUCUGGCUAUGGAAACAACUUUCAGAAGAACACACCGACUUCCCCCGAAGACAAUUUGAUUCCCUUCGACUCCCCAUCUGCUCGUGUUGCGGGCAACAACAGCCCAUUGACCCCCGAUGAUCGCUCGCCGCGAGGCCUUGAGCCUGAGCAACAAUCCCUGCGUGACCGAUCGAAUGUCAGGGAUCGGUCACGAGCAAACGGACGAGGCCACACCAAGUCUCCCGGCUCGUCUCGUCUCUGUCAGAAAUGUCAUGAACCCUUGACCGGGCAAUUUGUGCGCGCCUUAGGUGGUACUUUCCAUCUGGAGUGUUUCAAGUGCGAGGACUGCGGGGAAAUCGUCGCAUCCAAGUUCUUUCCUGUCGACUCUGAGGAUGGCUCUUGCCAAUUUCCACUCUGUGAAACAGAUUACUUCCGGCGACUGAACCUCCUGUGCCACGAGUGUGGCGGAGCUCUGCGCGGGUCGUAUAUCACAGCACUGGACCGUAAAUACCAUAUCGAGCACUUUACCUGUUCUGUGUGUCCCACGGUGUUUGGAGCUCAGGACUCCUACUACGAGCACGAAGGGCAGGUCUACUGUCAUUUCCAUUACUCGACUCAGUUCGCCCAGCGCUGCCAUGGAUGCCACACCGCCAUCUUGAAGCAGUUUGUGGAGAUCUUCCGUAAUGGACAAAACCAGCACUGGCACCCAGAAUGUUAUAUGAUUCACAAAUUCUGGAAUGUGCGACUGUCACCAACGGGUCAAACGUGGGAGCCGCCGCCAGUUGACACUGACGCAACCCCCGAAGAGCGUGAAAACAUCCGCAAAGAGGAGGAUGCUAUGGAAGAAAAGGUGUACAACAUUUGGAGCACUCUCUCGUCAUUUGAGGAAUCCUCCGCCGCAUGCAUCUCCGAUAUGCUUCUUCACGUGAGUAAUGGCGCCUAUCUCAAUGGAGUGAUUGUCGCCAAGCGCUUCAUCGUUCACGUUGAGAUACUCUUCGUCGCUGUCGAUGAGCUGGCAGAGUUUAUCAAAUCCCACGGGGUCAAGGAAUUAUCAUAUGGGCGAGAGGCGAAGUUGCUAUGCAAAAAGAUCGUCGCGUUCUUUGCCCUGCUUUCCAAGACGCAAGAGACCGGAGUGCGCAAACUGGGUGUGACCCAGGAGCUGCUGUCACUGGUGACGGGGUUGGCUCAUUAUCUCAAACUACUGAUCCGUAUCGGCCUCCAAGGUGCUCUCAAGCUGGAGCGAGAGAAGUCUGCUUCGGACGGUCUGCACAACUUCCUGAGUCAUCUUGCCGACCAGGACACCAUCAUGCUGGCAGAGGAGGAGCAUGCCACGGCGGAUUUGGAUGCUGGUGUGGAGGGUCUCGCAGACCAACUUUCCGAUUGCUGCGCCAUGUGCAAGGAGCCCAUUGACGAUGAGUGUAUCCGCCACGGGGAACAUCGCUGGCACACGAAACCCCCCCAUUUAUCAUGCUCCUCGUGUGAGAAGGAUUUGACAGUUGAUCUGUCAGACGCGCUCUGGAAUGAAAGCCUGCAUUUCGCCUACUGUUCAGAGUGUGCGACCCACCAUAACUUUGGUGGAGAUGUGCAAGACGGAUUCGUGCGGGUAACCAAAUUACAGCAAUAUGUUUUCCUUCUAAGAGUGGCCCUGGCUCGGCUUCUAGAAGUUCUCCGUGCUGGAGGCACGUUACCCGCAUCUACUGAGCACAUGCCUUCCGAGGGUUAUGAGUUGGAGGAUGGAUAUCCCGAGCAAUAUGGGGGCACACAGUCCCGCGGCGCUCAGCGUGGUGGACUUGAGGAAUCAUCUCUCGAGCAGACCGUCGGGGAAAUGCGCCGUCUUCGCUCCCUCCGGAACGAACGUACCCUGUCCACGACGUACAAAAAGGCUCGCGCAUCUCGGAUCAUCGAUGGGCCUGAGGGUCGCAGUGUCCGACCAGGGUCCUCGGGAAAUGAUGGCAGUGAUCCUCGUGGUCCGGAUUUCCAGAUUGUCGAGGAGCGAGACGCCAAUGGCGACACCGUCAAGGAUCUGACCUUUGGCGCCCAGGAUGCGUUGACUUUGGAUGACAUCCCACGCAUCGUUGCGGCAGAGCAAGCCAAAGAGCAGCGACCCAACGCUUACCGACAUGCGGGCACGAAGCUUGUGGGGACCAUGGAUGGCAUGCCCACCUAUAAGCCUGGUCACGCCCGUGAAAUGUCCAGGAACCAGUUGGACGCGCUUGCGGACUCGGCUGCUCGAAGCAAGCGCUAUUUCUCUGAACUCACGGCAUUAGAAUACUUCAUUGUGCGCCAUGUGGCAGUUUUGUCCAUGGAGCCACUUCUGGAGGGACAAUUUACCAUGGAGGAAUUACUCUCCCUCAUCGAGUCCCGAAAACCCACCAUCUGGAAUAUCUUUGGACGGGCCUUCAAGGAUGAGAAGAAAAAGGGUAAGAAGAAGGGCGUGUUUGGAGUGUCUCUUGAUUAUUUGGUUGAGAAGGAAGGCGCCGAGUCUGGCCAUGGUGUUGGACCGGGUGCCUUGAGGAUCCCCGCCCUUGUGGAUGACGCUAUAUCGGCAAUGCGACAAAUGGACAUGUCGGUUGAAGGAGUGUUCCGCAAGAAUGGCAACAUUCGAAGGCUCAAAGAAUUGGCCGAGUUGAUCGAUACAAAGUACGAUCAGGUGGACAUGUCCAAAGAGGGUCCUGUCCAAAUCGCCGCGCUGUUGAAGAAAUUCCUCCGCGAGAUGCCUGACCCGUUGAUGACUUUCAAGCUUCAUCGACUGUUUGUUGCGUCCCAAAAAUUGUCCGAUCCGGAGAAGCAAAAGAGAGUCUUGCACCUCGCCUGCUGUCUUCUUCCCAAAGCUCACCGCGAUACGAUGGAGGUCUUGUUUACGUUCCUGAACUGGACCUCGUCGUUUUCGCACAUUGAUGAAGAAUCGGGCAGCAAGAUGGACAUUCAUAACCUCGCCACAGUCAUGACCCCAAACAUUCUCUAUCCUAAUACGAAAAAUGGCACAGUGGAUGAAAGUUUCUUGGCCAUUGAGGCGGUCAACUCGCUCAUCACGUUCAAUGACACCAUGUGUGAGAUCCCGGAGGAUCUGCAGGCCGUCUUGAGCGAUACCACGCUAUUCAAAGAAAACUCCGAAGUCACCACGAAGGACAUCUUGAAACGUUACGGUGACAUUGCUAGAGGCAGUCUGUCAUCGAAACCUGACAAUGGGUUUGACGCGUUCACAAUCAACAAUCAUCGCAACCAAAGCACCCCGACCGCCGCUCGAAUUGAGACUGAUCCGUCUCAGGACACUGCCUGGCAAAUGCAGAGUUCUGUGCGCCACGUCGCUGGGCCCGGUGGUCACUCGCAGUCGGGCAAUGCUCAGCCCCAGGCUGGGUUUGACUUUGCGCCCCCACCAGCCGCUUAUCAUCGUGACCGAAGCCAUAGCAACGGCAGUCAGAGUCACCCUGAUGGACAACAUCCAUCGCAUCCUCAACAAGGUUUACCCUACCGUCCACGGCCCGGGCCAGGCGCCAUGGGUGUCACGGGUUAG